AUGAGUCAAGAUUUAAGUGAACAUUAUGCAGAGAAAUCAAAACGAGUUCAACAAAAAUUGGAAAAUUUUCGAAGAGUUGCAUCGGAAAAUGCAAUAUUUGACAAUAAGGAAUGGGCAUUUGUCGAACGAAUGAGACUUCAAGUUAUGCGAAAUAUGAUUUUAACAAUUCGAAAUAUACAUGUUUGCUAUGAAAUGAAAUCUCCAACUAAAUUGGGACAUCCAUUUUCAUUUGGAAUUACUCUUCAUUAUAUACAUUUAACGGUAGAUGAUCUUAAAUUAAAAAUAGCCACGAAUAAUUAUAUACCAAAUGACGAUGAAAUGAAAUACGUCCUUCGUCCUUUGAAUCUUAUCACUGAAAUCUGGAUUACAUUAAAGCCUAAACAACAUCAUUAUGAACGAUCGACAUUAAUUUUUAAUAUUCAAAUUCCAAAAAUGAAUUUUCAUGUUGAUGCAGAACAAAUAUCUGAUAUACUUGAUUUUGUUAAAUUUCAAAAUUAUACGAAAUCCUAUGAUCGUCGGCACACAAAAACAACAACAACUACAGCAAAUAUACCAAAUGGAGCAGAUUUCUUAUUUGACGAUCCGACGAUUAAUCAACUUAUUGACUGUUUUGAAGCUAAUAAUGAUGUUAUUUGGCCACCAAUGCCAAAAGGUUUUUCAAUGCUUCGUAUUAAUUUUGGCAAUAUGAUGCUGAAGUCACGACUCGAGAAUAGUGAUGACGAUAUUGAUAGAUCUUUAUUUAAGGAACAAUCUGAAGAACAAGAAUUCUAUGCAAAAUACAAAUUAGAAUUGAGCGAUCUACGAAUAAUGUAUACGCGUUCAAGAAAAAACCGACUACAUAUUCUUCGACGAACACCAUUAAUUGAUGUUAAUUUUUACAAAUGUAUCUUUUCGAAUGAUGCAAAUUUAACAAGUUGGCGUAUUGGUGCAAAGGUUGUCAUGAGUGACAUUCAAUUAUCGAAAACAAUUCUAGCAAAACUAAUGUAUCAUUUAAAAUCUAUACCAUUAAUUUAUUCAAACAUGAGUUUCAUGAUAAAACGAAUCAACUUUUAUUGUAACCAACUUUUUAGUUCUUUUUAUUGA